GGCUCCUCAAGGUGUGUUGGCUCUUUGAUGUCUUGCUGCCUGAUUCUCUCUUUAUUUUUUUAUUUUUUUAUUUUUUUUUUCUCUCUCUUUGUAGAUAUUGGUACAUACAGUUGUGGAGGUCUGCACUCGUAAUGCGUCUAGGGCGAACUUUUCGUUUCUCUUUCGGAGGUGUUGUACGCUACGUGGUUAUAAUGUAGGGCACGAUGGUGAGAAUCAGUGUGUUGAACGAUGCGUUGAAGAACAUGUUCAAUGCAGAGAAGCGUGGAAAGCGUCAAGUGUUGAUUAGGCCUUCGUCGAAGGUCGUCAUCAAGUUCUUGUCAGUGAUGCAAAAGCAUGGCUACAUUGGCGAGUUUGAACUGGUAGAUGACCACAGAGCAGGCAAGAUUGUUGUUGAGUUAAACGGAAGACUUAACAAGUGCGGAGUUAUCAGUCCUCGUUACAACGUUGGAGUUGGCGAGCUUGAGGCAUGGACUGCCCGUCUGCUCCCUUCUCGACAGUUCGGAUACAUUGUUUUGACCACUUCGGCUGGAAUCAUGGAUCACGACGAAGCUAGGAGGAAAAAUGUCGGAGGCAAGGUUUUGGGAUUCUUUUACUAGUGGAAAUGAGGGUUAACAUAGGAGGAAAGGACUGCCUAUGUUGGUUACCACCCUUAAUGAAGAAAACUCAUCUGUUUUUGGAUGCUAGUUUUUCUGUUUAUGUUACUUGUAUCAAAAAACUUGUUAUGCAAGUCAGGGCAGAUUAUGACCUAAUUGGAGAUUACUUUCUUUACUUUC